UGGGACACAGUCACCAGAAACGUUCAUGACCGACAACUGCAGCGCUAUGAAAGGAGCCUUGGCAGCAACCUGGCCUGCAGCUCGACAGUUUUUGUGUGUUUUUCACGUACUCCAGCAAGUGUGGCGAUGGCUACUAGACUCCAAACAUGCCAUAAAAAAGGAGGAUCGCCAGGAGAUGAUGGCUACCGUGAAGUCACUGGUAUAUGCAUCAUCGAAGGGUGAUUUCUUCAAAGCUUGGCAAGAGUUCAAAGCUAAUCCUCUUUCACAGAGGUACACCAACUUCAGCAGCUAUCUACAAUCAUUAAUGGAUAGGAGGGAAGAGUGGGCCAUUGCGUUCAGGGAAGGUGCAAUGCUACGGGGUCACCAUACGAACAAUUUCUGCGAGGCAACCAUGUGCAUCAUAAAGGAAGUUGUUCUUAACAGAUGCAAGGCAUACAACCCUGUGCAACUUAUUGUUUUCAUGGCCGAAAUAUUCAACGGCUACAUGAAAAAAAGACUGGUAGACGUUGCACUAGGGAGACGGAAAGUGAAGAACAUCAGUAUGGGCACACUUUCCCUGGAUGCAGUAACCCCCCUAGGAGGAGGAAAAUUUCAAGUAGCAAGUCAGUCUAAGGCUUCAGUUCAAUACAAAGUGGACAUGCAAACUGGCUUUUGCGAGUGCGUUGUGGGACAGACUGGCUCGCUCUGCAAACAUCAAGCCGCGUGUGCAGAGCACAGCAUGGUAGUUCUGCCCCAAGUUUUCACUGCCACAAGUGAAAACAGGCGAUGGCUGGCGUCUGUGGCAGUGGGCGAGGAAAAAACCCCUCCAGCAAGUUUUUUCGAGGGAUUGCUGGAAACACCAAAAAAAGUGCAUAAAGAAAAUUACUCCACCUCUGCAGCUGCAGAAUGUAUGUAUGACCAACCACUGUUGGAAAAUGACUCCAUUUCUACAGCUGCAGAGCUUAGUGCUAUGCACGACCAGCCAAUGUUGGAUCGUAAAGUGAAGAGUUCUAAUAAUCGGAGUGGAGAAUUGAAUGAAUUCAUGGCAACUCUUCAAACUCUAAAUGAUAAAUACGGGGAUGAAAACACUGGCUCAGCCUCAAAACAGCCAUAA